GCCAGACCCAGGAUCUAGUCAGAUUAGAUUGUGCUUGCAGGUUCUGAAAGCUGUCCAGAAACUGGCUCGUGAGUCGACAAUUAUGGCAAGAGAAACCUGGGAGGUUUUGUUAUUAUUUCUUCUUCAGAUCAAUGACACUCUUCUGGCAGCUCCAACUGUGCAAGGUGGCAUUGCUGAGAGUCUGGCUGAAAAAUUAAUUGGUGUGCUGUUUGAGGUGUGGUUACUAGCUUGUACGCGGUGCUUCCCGACACCACCUUACUGGAAAACUGCCAAAGAGAUGGUGGCCAACUGGCGACAUCACCCUGCAGUCGUUGAUCAGUGGAGCAAGGUCAUCUGUGCCCUGACUUCCAGAUUGCUGCGUUUCACGUAUGGACCUUCAUUUCCUCCAUUUAAAAUUCCUGAUGAAGAUGCUGGUCUGAUUCCCCCUGAAAUGGAUAACGAGUGCGUUGCACAAACGUGGUUUCGCUUUUUACAUAUGCUGAGUAAUCCUGUGGAUUUGAGUAACCCAGCCAUUAUUAGCUCUACCCCCAAAUUUCAGGAGCAGUUUCUGAAUGUGAGUGGGAUGACUCAAGAACUGAAUCAAUACCCCUGCCUUAAACAUCUGCCUCAAAUAUUCUUUCGUGCCAUGCGUGGGAUCAGCUGUUUAGUGGAUGCAUUCCUAGGCAUUUCCCGACCCCGGUCAGACAGCGCCCCCCCCACGCCAGUGAACAGGCUGAGCAUGCCCCAGAGCACUGCCACCAACACCACUCCGCCCCACAACCGCAGGCAUCGGGCUGUGACUGUGAACAAAGCAACGAUGAAAACCAGCACUGUAACUACUGCACACACUUCAAAAGUGCAGCACCAACCCUCCUCCACUUCUCCACUCUCUAGCCCAAACCAGACCAGUUCUGAGCCACGGCCACUACCAGCUCCUCGCAGGCCAAAGGUUAACAGCAUCCUGAACCUCUUUGGAUCCUGGUUGUUUGAUGCAGCAUUUGUUCACUGUAAACUUCAUAACGGGAUAAACAGAGACAGCAGCAUGACUGCUAUAGCAACUCAAGCUAGCGUGGAGUUCCGCCGGAAAGGAUCCCAAAUGUCCACAGACACAAUGGCUUCCAACCCCAUGUUUGAUGCCAGCGAAUUCCCAGACAACUAUGAAGCAGGAAGGGCAGAGGCAUGCGGGACACUGUGUAGGAUAUUUUGUAGCAAGAAGACUGGGGAGGAAAUAUUACCAGCUUACCUAUCCCGAUUUUACAUGCUUUUAAUUCAGGGUUUGCAGAUAGCAGAUUUCGUUUGCCACCCAGUUCUUGCCAGUGUUAUUCUCAACUCCCCUCCUUUGUUCUGCUGUGACCUGAAAGGGAUUGAUGUUGUGGUUCCUUAUUUCAUUUCGGCUCUUGAAACUAUUUUACCUGACAGAGAACUCUCAAAGUUUAAAAUCUAUGUAAACCCCACAGAACUAAGAAGAGCUUCAAUUAACAUCUUGCUGUCUCUGUUGCCCCUCCCUCAUCACUUUGGAACUGUGAAGUCUGAGGUUGUCCUGGAAGGCAAAUUCAGCAAUGAUGACAGCUCAACAUAUGAUAAGCCAGUAACCUUCCUCUCCUUGAAACUGCGGCUUGUGAAUAUCCUUAUAGGAGCUUUGCAAACGGAAACAGAUCCCAACAACACCCAAAUGAUACUAGGUGCAAUGUUAAAUAUUGUUCAGGAUUCAGCACUGUUAGAAGCCAUUGGCUGUCAGAUGGAAACGAAUGGUGGUGAAAAUAACCUCUUCAAAAGCCACAGUCGAACCAACAGUGGCAUUAGCACUGCGAGUGGUGGCAGCACAGAGCCCACAACACCAGACAGUGAGAGACCAGCACAGGCCCUUCUGAGGGAUUAUGAUACAGCUGCUGGGCUGCUCAUACGCAGCAUUCACCUGGUCACCCAGAGACUCAACUCGCAGUGGAGGCAGGACAUGAGUAUCUCUCUGGCUGCACUGGAGCUUCUCUCUGGACUGGCAAAGGUGAGAGGUGAAGUUCUUUAGGCUCUGGACUCUUCUCAAAGGGUGAGAGCCAUCAGCUCUGUCUGCAGCUACAUCGUGUACCAGUGCAGCCGCCCGGCCCCGCUCCACUCCCGCGACCUCCACUCCAUGAUCGUGGCGGCGUUUCAGUGCCUCUGCGUCUGGCUCACCGAGCACCCCGACAUGCUGGAUGAGAAGGAUUGUUUAAAAGAAGUACUGGAGAUUGUGGAGUUGGGCAUUUCAGGAAGUAAAUCUAAAAACAGUGAACAAGAGGUGAAGUACAAAGGAGAUAAGGAGCCAAACCCUGCGUCCAUGAGAGUGAAGGAUGCUGCUGAAGCCACGCUGACAUGUAUCAUGCAGUUACUUGGAGCAUUUCCUUCUCCCAGUGGCCCUGCUUCUCCUUGCAGCUUGGUGAAUGAAACCACAUUAAUUAAAUAUUCUCGUCUACCCACCAUAAACAAGCACAGCUUCAGGUACUUUGUUCUGGAUAAUAGUGUCAUCCUGGCCAUGUUGGAGCAGCCUCUGGGGAAUGAACAGAGUAAGUUUUUCCCCUCUGUCACGGUUUUGAUCCGUGGGACAUCUGGAAGAUUUGCAUGGGCCCAGCAGCUCUGUCUUUUGCCAAGAGGAGCGAAAGCAAAUCAAAAGACUUUUGUACCAGAACCUCGACCAGCUCCUAAAAAUGAUGUUGGUUUGAAAUACAGUGUGAAGCAUCGCCCCUUUCCUGAAGAGGUGGACAAGAUCCCAUUUGUGAAAGCUGACUUGAGCAUUCCUGAUUUGCACGAAAUUGUGAAUGAGGAGCUGGAGGAGCGACAUGAGAAGCUGAGGAAUGGCAUGGCCCAGCAAAUUAUUUUUGAGACUUCCAUAGAUCAGAAAAGUGAAGAGGAGUGGAGGAAGAAGAGCUUUCCUGAUCCGAUCACGGAGUGCAAGCCCCCGCCGCCGGCACAGGAGUUCCAGACAGCACGCCUGUUCCUCUCCCACUUUGGGUUUCUGUCUCUAGAGGCAUUGAAGGAACCUGCUAACAGUCGUCUACCUCCUCACCUGAUUGCACUUGACUCUGCUCUUCCUGGGUUUUUUGAUGACCUUGGCUACUUGGAUUUACUGCCGUGUCGUCCUUUUGAUACUGUUUUCAUUUUCUACAUGAAGGCAGGCCAGAAAACAAGCCAGGAGAUCCUGAAGAACAUGGAGUCUUCCAGAAUUGUUCAGCCACACUUCCUGGAGUUCUUGCUGUCUCUUGGCUGGUCUGUUGAUGUGGGGAAGCACCCUGGCUGGACUGGCCAUGUCUCAACGAGCUGGUCAAUCAACAGCUGCAGUGAUGAAGAGGGACCCGAGCAAGAUGAUCUAAUUAUUUCAGAAGAUGUUGGGGCAAGUAUCUUCAAUGGGCAGAAGAAGGUGCUGUACUAUGCUGAUGCCUUGACAGAAAUUGCUUUUGUUGUCCCAUCACCAGUGGAGUCCCUAACUGAUUCACUGGAAAGCAAUGUCUCUGACCAAGAAAGUGACUCCAACAUGGAUCUGCUGCCAGGAAUAUUGAAGCAGCAGUCUCUGACACUGGAACUGUUCCCCAAUCAUACAGACAAUCUUAAUGCCUCCCAGCGGCUCAGUCCUACUUCCAGAUCCAAGAGGGUGCCUCAGGGCCGGACCAUUCCACCGAUGGGACCUGAAACCAAAGUGUACGUGGUCUGGGUGGAACGUUAUGAUGAUAUAGAAAACUUCCCCCUCCCUGAUCUGAUGUCUGAGACUAGCACUGGUGUGGAAACUACAGCCAAUAGUAGCACUUCCCUAAGAUCUGCCACUCCUGAGAAAGAAGUUCCUGUGAUCUUCAUCCACCCCUUAAACACUGGCUUAUUCAGGAUAAAACUACAAGGAGCAACUGGGAAAUUCAACAUGGUUAUCCCACUGGUGGAUGGAAUGAUCGUCAGUCGGAGAGCUCUUGGUUUCUUAGUGAGGCAGACAGUAAUAAAUAUUUGUCGGAGAAAGAGGCUGGAAAGUGAUUCCUACAACCCCCCCCACGUCCGCCGAAAACAGAAGAUCGCAGACAUUGUCCAUAAGUACAGGAACAGGCAGCUGGAGCCCGAGUUUUAUACCUCACUUUUCCAGGAGGUUGGGCUCAAGAACUGCAACCCCUAGGUAAUUAUCUUUCCAGGACAACUAGAUCAGAGCUUGGUGGCUACAGUAAUGAAAAGGGUUAAAUAACAACAACAAAUUUCCUCAGCCCUCCGGAAUUCAGGAAAUCAUAUCCUAGCACAAGUCAGCAGAUACCAUGUGGGAGGAAUGAGAAAUGAACCCAAAACAUUCAGUUGGAAUAUUGACUGAACUCACCUACCUUCAGAAGAUUAUGUAUUUCCAGUCUUCCUGGAUGCUAGCAACAUAAUUCCCUCACCCA